CCGCGGCCUGUGGAGCCGAGUUUUGUGUGCGUGGGGAGGAGGGGGAGGGAGCGGGAGAGUGAGCGGGGCCGGCCCGAGACCGGGACACAGAGAGACCCAGCGCCCCCCUCCCCCGCCGCCAGCGGCCGCCCUCGCCGCCCCCCCCCCUAGCGCCUCUCUCUGGUCUCCCCGCGGCGCUGCGGCUCCCCCACUGCCCGGGGCACGGGCGGCUCCUGGAGCGGAGCCCGUGGAACUGGGACCCGGUGGCGCGGAAAUCGAGGCCGGGGAUCCAGCGCGGCCUGCUGCGGGGUCCUGUUUCUCCCCCCGCUCCGAGCCCGGCCCGGCUCCUGCUCUUUGUGUCUCUGCUGGGCUCGGUCGGACACGGCGGGGGGAGUUAGAAUGGAACAGACUGACGUGUGAGUCACUUGCUUGUUACAGAAAUUGUUCAAUAUGGUGAAGAAAAUGAGUAGCUGGCCUCCUUGCUUGACUGUAAAACAUAAGAUUUGGUAGCUGUUGGGAUGGAGUCAACAUUGCAUGGCUGAACUUUUCUUCUUUGGCAUAGAAACUUAAAAGAAUAUUUUGCACCUUUAUGCCUUCAAUCUAAGGAUCUCAAAACACUUUAUGAACAUCAGUGAAUUACUGCAAGUCUCGCAGCACCCACUUUACAGAUGGAGAAACUGAGGAACAGAGGUUAAAUGAUUUGCCCAAUGUCAGUGAAGCCUUUAAAGAGCAGUUGGUGCCGCAUAGAAAAAUGUGGCCCUAUGAGAGAAAGGGAAAGCUAAGGAUGCUGGAGCAGAACAAUGGAUUUCUCUUUCUCUUUCAUGCAAGGGAUCAUGGGAAACACAAUUCAGCAACCACCUCAGCUCAUUGACUCAGCCAACAUCCGCCAGGAGGAUGCCUUUGAUGCCAGCAGUGACAUCGCUGAAGAUGGUGGUCAGACACCAUAUGAAACUGCCCUGCAGCAAGGCUUUCAGUACCCUACUCCAACGACAGAGGAUCUUCCACCGAUCACUAAUGGCUAUCCACCAACAAUCAAUAUGUAUGAACCUCAAGCCAAAUACCAGACAUACAGUCAGUAUCCCAAUGGUUCAGCCAAUGGCUUUGGUGCAGUUAGAAACUUUAGUCCCCCAGAGUAUUACCAAAUGGAAAACUCUAACGUGAGGCCUCAUGAAGUUCUGGAAAAACCUUCCCCUCCACAACACCCACCGCCACCACCUCCUUCAGUACCACAAACGGUGAUUCCAAAGAAGACUGGUUCACCAGAAAUCAAAUUAAAAAUAACCAAAACUAUCCAGAAUGGCAGGGAAUUGUUCGAGUCCUCUCUGUGUGGGGACCUUCUGAAUGAAGUGCAGGCAAGUGAGUAUGCUAAGAUGAAACACGAAGGGAGAAAGGAGAAAAGGAAAAAAAGUAGCAAGCAUGACUCUUCCCGAUCGGAAGAACGCAAGUCAUACAAAAUUCCAAAACUAGAACCAGAGGAACAAAGUAGACCAAAUGAGAGGCUUAGUGUGCUAUCAGAAAGACCAAGAGAAGAUAUACUGUUGGAGGAAACCCCGGUCCAGCAGUUCUCACCUUCUCUUCCAACGCAAGUUACAACAGACGUCAAGUUUCAGGUUGGCGAUCUAGUCUGGUCCAAGGUGGGAACUUAUCCUUGGUGGCCCUGCAUGGUUUCAAGUGAUCCACAGCUUGAGGUUCAUACCAAAAUUAAUACAAGAGGUGCCCGUGAAUACCAUGUUCAGUUUUUUAGCAACCAGCCUGAGAGGGCAUGGGUGCAUGAGAAGCGCGUUCGAGAGUAUAAAGGACAUAAACAGUAUGAACAAUUAUUGGCAGAAGCUACUAAGCAAGCCAGCAAUCACUCUGAGAAACAGAAGAUUCGUAAGCCAAGGCCACAAAGAGAGCGUGCUCAGUGGGAUAUUGGUAUUGCCCAUGCCGAGAAAGCAUUGAAAAUGACGCGGGAAGAAAGGAUAGAACAGUAUACCUUCAUUUAUAUAGACAAGGAGCCAGAGGAGGCUUUGUCCAAAGCCAAAAAGACUGCUGCCCCUAAAUCAGAGGCUAAAAAGAACCGUCGGCCUAAGCCAGCAUUGAACGCUCAGCCAGAACAGACCAAUGUGGUAUCGGCAUCCCCCUCAUUAUCAAAUACUGAGGUGCGAAGGCAAAGUCAAAGGAGGCAGUCAAGUGUGGAAGAAGAGGAGCCACCGCCUGUGAAAAUAGCCUGGAAAACAGCUGCAGCCAGGAAAUCCUUACCAGCUUCAAUAACCAUGCAUAAAGGGAGUUUGGAUCUUCAGAAAUGUAACAUGUCUCCAGUUGUUAAAAUUGAACAAGUUUUUGCCCUACAGAAUGCUGCUGGGGAUGGAAAAUUCAUCGAUCAGUUUGUUUACUCUACCAAGGGAGUUGGUAACAAAACUGAAAUAAGUGUCAAGGGACAAGACAAGCUUAUUUCUACAUCAAACCAGAAAAAUGAGAGAGCCACUGCGCAAAAUGCAUCCUCACCCGAAACAACUUCUGGGUCAACAGGUUCUGUAGAAAAGAAGCAACAGAGAAGAUCGAUUCGAACCCGCUCAGAGUCUGAGAAAUCCACUGAAGUUGUGCCAAAGAAGAAGAUCAAAAAGGAGCAGGUAGAAAUGGUUCCACAGACAGCAGUGAAGACUGGAUUACAGAAAGGUGCCAGCGAGAUUUCAGAUUCUUGUAAACCUCUAAAGAAAAGGAGUCGUGCCUCAACUGAUGUAGAACUGACUAGUUCAGCAUACAGAGACACAUCUGACUCUGAUUCAAGAGGACUUAAUGAUCUGCAGGGUAGCUUUGGAAAACAUUCAGACAGCCCAUCAGCUACUGCAGAUGCUGAUGCUUCUGAUGUACAAUCAGUAGACUCUAGCUUAUCAAGAAGAGGCACCGGAACAAAUAAGAAGGAUACUGUUUGUCAGAUCUGUGAAAGCUCUGGUGAGUCUCUGGUGUCAUGCGAAGCAGAGUGCUGUAGAGUCUUCCAUAUGGAAUGCCUAGGACUGAAAUCAAUACCUGAUGGGAAGUUCAUCUGCAUGGAGUGUAAAAAUGGACAGCACACAUGCUUUUCCUGCAAGCUUCCUGGUAAAGAUGUGAAGCGCUGUUCAGUCAAUGCUUGUGGUAAAUUUUAUCAUGAAGCCUGUGUUCGUAAAUUUGCCACUGCAGUCUUCGAGUCACGAGGAUUCCGUUGCCCGCAGCAUUGCUGUACUGCCUGCUCAAUGGAUAAGGAUAUCCACAAAGCAAGUAAAGGACGCAUGGUGAGAUGUUUGAGAUGUCCAGUUGCCUAUCACUCAGGAGAUGGCUGUAUUGCUGCAGGAAGCUUGUUUGUGUCAUCUCACAUUCUCAUCUGUAGCAACCAUUCCAAAAGGAAUCACUCUUCAUCAGCUGUAAAUGUAGGCUUUUGUUUCGUUUGUGCAAGAGGGCUGGUAGUGCAGGAUCAUUCAGACCCCCUGUUCAGUUCAUAUGCCUAUAAGUCCCACUACCUACUGAAUGAAUCAAAUCGUGCUGAGUUGAUGAAAUUACCUAUGAUUCCUCCUCCUUCGUCAGCUUCCAAAAAGAAAUGUGAGAAAGGUGGGAAGUUAUUGUGCUGCGAGUCCUGUCCAGCGUCCUUCCACCCUGAAUGUCUCAACAUAGAGAUGCCAGAAGGAUGUUGGAAUUGCAAUGACUGUAAAGCUGGCAAGAAACUACGUUACAAGCAGAUCGUUUGGGUCAAGCUUGGAAAUUACAGGUGGUGGCCAGCUGAGAUCUGCAAUCCCAGGUCUGUGCCUCUCAACAUACAGGGCCUCAAACAUGAUAUCGGGGACUUCCCAGUAUUUUUCUUUGGUUCACAUGACUACUAUUGGGUACACCAGGGCAGAGUUUUCCCUUAUGUUGAAGGAGAUAAAAGCUUUGCUGAGGGGCAAACUAGUAUUAACAAGACCUUCAAGAAAGCACUUGAAGAAGCUGCAAAACGCUUCCAGGAACUGAAAGCACAAAGAGAAAGCAAAGAAGCACUAGAGAUUGAAAGGAAUUCAAGAAAACCCCCACCUUACAAACAUAUUAAAUCCAACAAGGUAAUAGGGAAAGUUCAGAUUCAAGUUGCUGAUUUGUCAGAAAUCCCUCGCUGUAAUUGCAAGCCAUCUGAUGAGAACCCCUGUGGCCUAGAGUCAGAGUGUCUGAACAGGAUGCUACAGUAUGAGUGUCAUCCCCAAGUGUGCCCAGCAGGAGAGCGCUGUCAAAACCAGUGCUUCACCAAAAGACUCUAUCCAGAUGCUGAAAUCAUAAAAACCGAUCGACGUGGCUGGGGUCUCAGGACAAAAAGGAACAUUAAAAAGGGUGAAUUUGUAAAUGAAUAUGUUGGUGAAUUAAUUGAUGAAGAAGAAUGCCGAUUGCGGAUCAAACGUGCCCAUGAGAACAGCAUAACCAAUUUUUAUAUGUUAACUGUUACAAAGGACCGGAUAAUAGAUGCUGGUCCAAAGGGGAAUUAUUCUCGUUUUAUGAACCACAGUUGUAAUCCGAACUGUGAAACACAGAAAUGGACAGUGAAUGGGGAUGUUAGAGUUGGACUCUUUGCUCUCUCUGAUAUUCCUGCAGGGAUGGAGUUAACAUUUAAUUAUAAUUUGGACUGUCUGGGCAAUGGUAGGACUGAAUGCCAUUGUGGAGCAGAAAACUGCAGUGGCUUCCUAGGAGUACGGCCGAAGACGGCAUUUGCAACAGCGAAUGAAGAGAAGGCAAAGAAUGCCAAGCUAAAGCAGAAGAAACGGAAAAUAAAAACAGAGCAGAAGCAGAUGCAUGAGGACAACUGUUUCCAGUGUGGAGAUGGAGGAGAACUAGUCAUGUGUGACAAAAAGGACUGCCCCAAAGCAUACCACCUCCUAUGCCUUAACCUGACUCAACCACCAUUUGGAAAGUGGGAAUGUCCGUGGCACCAGUGUGACAUCUGUAGCAAUCCGGCAGUUUCAUUCUGCGAGUUUUGCCCUCGUUCAUUCUGUAAAGAUCAUGAGAAGGGAGCCCUAGUGGCAUCAGCAUUGGAUGGCCGUCUCUGCUGCUCCGAACAUAACCCCAAAUCUCCUGUGGCACCAGAGUAUUGGAGCAAGAUCAAAUGCAAAUUGCAACCCCAGAACCCUGGAGAAGAAGCAAAGGAAUAAAUUUAUUCAAACAACAAAUGGCAAAUAGAUGAUGAACUUGAAGAGACCGCUAUGGCACAUUCAGUCUUCAUCAUCAGCGCCGCCUUGCUGGAACUGGGAAAGGGACCAUCUAAUCUUGGCAGGCGGAAGCAGUCAGUCGUGUCCGUUUUUUGGGUUUUUUUUUUUCUUCUGUUCUUGUCCUUUUCUUACCUUACCCUUGAAUGUGCUUCAGCAGCUCUUACUGUUGGAAAACAGAAAUGUCUUGGCUUUCUUAAGGAAAAAAGGUCAAAAAAAAGCAAACUUGUUGACGUUGAAAAGAAUAUUGUUUUAAAAUAUGUUCUUUGAGUGUAGAAAGGAAAACAUAGCAUAUUUAUUUAUUUAAUUUUAAAGGAUGUUGAGGAUUCUGGUCCUGAUCAGUCAGCGUGUCUAAAAAAAUAAUUGAGUAGCAAAACCAAUCCGGUAUAACGUGUAUGUCUAGUUAUUAAAAAAGGGAGAGGACCAACCCUCCCCAAUCUACAAACAGCUUUCACAUAACACCAUGAGGAGUGAUGUGGGUUUCAGAGCAGUGGACAGUGAAAUGCCUUCAUUCCAGUUGGUCAUCUUUAAAGGUCUUUUGAGAAGAUGGAUUUCAUCUCAUCAUGCUUAACUUAUUAUGAAUAAUGUUGUAAAGAUUUUCACAUAGGAAAUUAGGAGUAUAUCCAGUUUUGUAUUUUUUCUUGAAGUGCUUUUUAUUUCACUAGAUAUUUUAACAAAAAGGGGGAGGGAAGCAGUUACAGUCCCUCAUUGUUAAAUGAGCGGUGUUAGCUGACAAAGCAAGCAUAGAAAGAGCUUAAUUGUGCAGUGGUCACUUUUCUGCCUCGCUUCAUUUGGAGGGCAGUUUUGGGUGGAGAGGAUUCAUGGGCAGCCUAGUCAUCUGAACAUUGCACUACAUUCAUCGUAGCGAAAGCCCUGAUCCUGCUUUUGUCGGAGUCAUUGCAAGCUUUGUCAUUGACUUCAGUGGGUGCAGGAUUAAGCCCUUUUCGAUGUAUUUAUCAGAUAUUUAGUCUGUGCUUGUUUCAUGGUGAUUCUCUUAGAGCCUGAUCCUUUGUUACCUUCCUCACAAACUCCCAUAGGUUUCAGAGGGAGUUCUUGAGUGCUAAAGGAAUAGGGGAUCAGCCCCAUGUGUGUAUUAUGUGUUUUUAAAAGAGUUUUGGGGAGCAGGGGUGUUUAGAUUUGCGGGGGUGGGGAUAAAUCUGCCAAUUGAAUUUAUCUUCUUUGGUUUUUAUCCAAUAGUGAAAAAUCAGUUCUUAAAAGCACUUCCUGAAUUAACAGGGUGUAUAUUGGGCCUAUACUAAGGCACUCAAUCUUACAAAAUACUGUGUAUAUCUCAGUAUAGUUAGCAUAGUCAACAGUAAUCCUUUAAUUCGUAGGCAAUGGCUGGUGUACUGAUAUUGCUAGCUACCUUUACACUAACUUUCUGCCACUGGGUGUUCCGGAUCACCCCCACCUGGAAGGAAUUAAUACAAGGCAUGGCUGGCAGAUGGCAGAGAGAUAAUUCUUUAUUCAUUCUGAAGAACAUUCAACAUUGUCUCUGGGAAAAUGUCUGCAUAGACCUGCAGGUACAAGGUGGCAUCUCAGUUCCAGAAAGUGACUAAUAAAGGAGUGGAAAAUAAUACCAUGGGGUUUUGGAAUAUGGCUCGCCUUUGUACCAGGUUUCCUCUUGCAUUUUCAAAUUAUUUCUAAUCUGGGGAAGGUGUGUGUGUGUGUGUGUGUGUGUG